CGUUCUUGUUCCUCAAUGUGCGACCUCGGCGUGGUCCUGUGGCCUCCUUGCCCUCGCGAAAGCCCUUCCCGAGGCCCCCGUGUGAGCACAAAGUCCGGAAUCGAGCCCCAAGAGCCCCGAAGGGCCUCCGAGGGCGAAAAGGGCGGAAGGGCCCGGAGCCGCCUCCGUAGCUGCGCCCUCCCUGCGGGCGGCGUGCGCAUGCGCGGCGAAGAUGGCGACGUGAGGGAGGGAGCAACGCCUCUGCUGUUUCUCGGUCAAAAUCUCCUCCGAGCACAGACCAAGAUGGAGGACGGACUUUUGUCAUUAAAGUGGAACAACCACAAGUCCACCUUCUUCCACAUACUUAGUGAAGUGCGGGGAAAACACACCUACACAGAUGCUACAUUAGCUUGCGAGGGCAAGUUCUACCCUGUGCACAAGCUUGUGAUGUCAACGUGUAGUGACUAUUUUGCAGAAAUAUUUGAAAAAACCCCAUGUAAAAAUCCUGUGGUAGUGCUCAAAGAUAUUAAAAAGUCAGACUUAGAUGCCUUGUUAGACUACAUGUACAUAGGUGAAGUGGAUGUGAGACAGAGUGAAUUGGCGGGACUUAUCAAAGCGGCCGAGUGUCUAAGAAUUAAGGGCCUGGCAGUGCCAGAUGAGGACCCCACCAAGGCUCAGAAAAAGGGGCCCAUUAAUGUACCUGAGAGGAGGGAGGACAGUCCGCCAGCCAAGCGGAAGAGACGGGACUCAGGCGGGGAGCGUGGCAGGGCUCCUACGCCCCCAGCCCCCCGGGGUGCGUCCCAGUCCUCGUCCUCCUCGUCCUCCCACCCUGCUCCCUCAUCAUCAGUGCCUAGUCAAGCACCCCCACAACUGUCAUCUGUACCUGAGUCACAUGUGCCAUCACAGUCUAUGCCUCCUCCGGCGAGUGUGUCGCAGGAGUUGCGGCACACGGACGGUCUACGUGGGAGACAGGACUCCCAACUAGGUUCUGUGAGACCUCCCCCAGACCCCUCGUCAUUGCGCUCCCCCCCUGGUGGAGGGGGUGGGGGCCAGGACCACUCCCACCCGUCUUCGGCCUCCCCACGGUCGGACUCGUCACUGCUGCCAGUCCAGAUGAUUAAGGUGGAGGUGGACGAUGGGUCAGAUCCCCCCGGCCCCCCUGGCUCCAAGGACCCACACCCUGAGCGAGAGGAGGGCGGCAGUGAGAUGGAUGGGGAUGAGGAGGCCAGCAAUGACUUCUCAGACUACCAAAGCCAUCCCGGGGAGAUUGAGAAGGAAGAGCACGACCAGAUGGACUAUGGUGCUGACCAGAUACCUGGGCCCUCAGGCCUCCAAGGGGGCCCACCCAUGCUAGGCUGGGGGGAAGAAGGGGAAGCCGGGUUCCCCCACAACCUCUUUGGCGGUGAUGACCCCACAGCGCAACAAGCGGCUCUCACUGUGGAGAAGCCCUUCGCCUGCCCCACCUGCGCGUACGCCACGUACCGCCGCGACCACCUCAACACUCACCUCCGCACACACACCGGGGAGAAGCCAUAUGCUUGCCCUCAUUGCCCCUAUCGGGCAUCCCAGCGCGUGCACCUCAACUCUCACGUCCGCACGCACACGGGCGAGAAGCCGUAUGCGUGCUCACACUGCUCGUACCGGGCGGCGCAGCGAGCACACCUCCUGUUCCACCUGCGCACGCACACGGGCGAGCGCCCCUACCAGUGCCGGCUGUGCCCGUACGCUUCGGCGCAGAACUCGCACCUCAAGCACCACAUGAAGGCGGUGCACGCGAACCACGACCCGCAAGAUCAGGAUACCAGCAAGGACGCCCUCGGGCAGUGAAGGUGCUGGGGCGUGCGCCGUGGAGGAAGGAUAGGGGGGGGGGGGGCAGAGUAAGGGUGCGAAUAUAGUUUUCUCUUCCAUGUGAACAAAGGUACGAAUCAUGAAAUAGUGUUGGUGGACAGGAACACAAAGUCUCGACUGAACAUGUCAGUGGGUGCUUGUGCGUGCAUAUUUUUGUUUAUAUGGUCAUUCCCGUUUAAUGUAUUGAAGUAAUACACCAAAGACGUUUUCCUUUGCGAGAAUACGAAGUUAGAUAUCGUGCUUAUCUCUCUGUUCAGUGUUUAUUUGUUACAAUGGGUCUGCAGAAGUGACUGCUUCUCAUCUGGUUUAGAAGCCUUGUUAGUAUUUACGAUGAUACAAAGAAAAGGACAAAGGCAUUUAUAUAGAAGGAACGUGUUAGUGUUCUCAUUUACUAUUUACCUUUUGUUUCUUUUUCUUUUUCACUUGCUCCGUCUUCCUCCUUCAUUCUCUUUCGUUCCUGGCCAUUCUUCAUUCUUGUCAUUACUUCUUCCUUCCCGUAAAAGACGAUUGUAAAGCAAAUUUUGUACUGUCGUAUUUUGUGUAUACCAUUUCACCAAUAUUGUUUAUUGGUGUAUUUAGUCAUAGGCUAAAAUGUACACCAAGUGAGGGUUUUUUACCUCAAUAAUUAUUGUGAAAGGAUUGAAUUAAAUCUAAUUGAAUGUUUACAAUACCAGGUGUAUAAAUAUAAAAGAACUUUUAUUUUUUGAUAAAAAGAAAGCAUAAAGAAUGUACGUGAAAUUUUAUGUAAAUAUACAGAAUACAAAUAGAAUGCAUAUAACCACAUCAGUGUUUGUUUUAUUGUCUUCGGAAGAGCAAAAAGCAAACGAAACAGAAGGGGAAAGGCAGUGUGAAAAGCUUGAUGUUUUAGAUGGUAAAUGUAGGAAUAUUCCGAAAAGGACAAGAAAAGCUUACUCAAGAAAAAGGUGGACAGAGUGGGAGAGGGCGAGAAAAGUGCCUCGAAGAUACUGCCUCCGAAGACGAAGGACGGGAAGGAAAGAGAGAGGCGAGGAGAAAAGCACUACGAAGAGGAGAGGUCAAGGGAGGGAAAGAGAAUGAGAGACAAAGAGAAGGAAAGAGAGAAUUCGGUGCAAAGAGAGACUGAGAGACAGACAAAGAUAAUGGCAGUGAAAGCGAGCGUGAAAUAUGAGUGAAAUGAAGAGAGUACGAGAGCAAGAAAAAAACGAGAGAAAAGAGAGGGAAAAUAAAUGAAAGAAUGAGAAUGAGCGAAAAAGAGAAAGACUAAAGAGUGGGAAUGAAAGCGAGAGAGAGAGAAUGAGAAAGAAAGAGAGA